AUGUUUCUGCAGGUAUAUAAAAUGGGUAGUGACAGCGACAACGAAGAAAAAGGUUCUUGUGAAGUUUGUAAGUCAGUUGCAGUGAGGAAAUGUUCGGCUUGCAAGUUGGUUUUUUAUUGUAGUGAAGCUCAUCAACAGGAGCAUUGGAAGGAACAUAAAAUCAAAUGUCGACCAUUCGAGGAACAACAUUCAAAAGAGUUGGGUAGAUACUUAAACGCCACCAGAGAACUUCAGCCUGGAGAUGUUAUUUUCUCUGAAUUACCUCUCGUAUUUGGACCCAAACCUCACCGUAUACAAGAGGGGCCUUUUCCAUGCGUUGGAUGCUGCAGAUUACUUCACGAUCAAAUGUGUGAGAUGUGUCCAGGUUGUUUGUGGCCAGUGUGCAAAACAUCUUGCGAAGGCUUGAAGAUACCUUCUCAGCAUGGAUUUGAAUGCAACGUCCUAAGGUUAAAGCCUGCAAGUGAUGCUAAAGCUUUUCUGGACUUUUACAGAUUUGAUAUAUUAAUAAUUCUAAGAGCUUUGUAUCUACAAAAGGCCAAUCCCAAAAAGUUCGAAACUUUGCUGAAACUAGAAAGCCAUUUUGAUAAAAGAGGACCUGGUACAGAAGUGUAUAAAGCAGUACAAGAGAAAAUAGAAGUAUUAGAAGAAAACUACUUAAAACCUCUAAAAUCGUACGAGGAAGAAACUGGUCAAGUAAUUCUUCCACAAGUUUCUGCUGAGCUGAUCCACAAAAUUUACGGAAUUCUUGAUGUGAACGCUACUGAACUGAUCGAGGAUAUCGAUGCUAUGAUUCUGUAUCCCACAGCUAGUUUAUUGGAGCAUAAUUGCGUGCCAAAUACAACGCAGAUUAUUGACGAAAAGGAUAAUUUCAAGAUUACUUUUAGAGCUGCCAUGACAAUUUCAAAAGAAGAGCACAUUACCGCCAUGUACACCAACAUCCUAUGGGGAACCGCUGCUCGAAGGGACCAUUUACUGGAAACUAAAUACUUUAAGUGUCAGUGUAAAAGAUGCCAGGACCCGAGUGAGUUGGGAACUAAUAUGAGUGCUCUAAAAUGUAUUGCAGGAAGUGAUCAAGAUCCUUGUGGUGGGCUGCAACUGCCCAUUACUCCAACCUACCAGAACGGUGCUUGGAUGUGUAAUAAAUGUAAAAUCAAAUUGCCAGAAAUGGACGUCAUGAAGUUUGUUCAUCAUCUUGGAACCGAAGUGGACAAAAUUAUGACGAAAAGUCCAAAAUACCAUGAACUGCAAGAUCUCAUCUCUAAACUACAACAUUUUUUACACCCCCACCAUUAUCUCUUGUAUAACAUACGACACACAUUCGUUCAAUUAUUUCCCGACAGGGAUAUAGUGGAUGAAAAUUCUCCAGAGAUUUGGCUAGAAAAGCUAAAUAUGUGUGACGACUUGAUUGAUUUGACUAAGAAAAUUGAUCCUGGAAAUGCUAGAUUAAGUCUCUAUCUUGGAGUGCUGCUGAACGAAAAAUUUAUAGCACAAUUCAAACUCCUCCUCACGACAUGGAACAAACCCAACCAGAAUCUGUACACGAAUCAAAUAAAAGGCGAUAUACUUAAUACUUUAGAAGAAAACAAGCGAAUUCUUAUCUACGAACAAAAAACCAACGCUGGACACAAACUCAUCGAAGUGGUGAACGGGAAUGAAGCUCUGUUUGAGAAUUGGAAAAGAGAAAACGGUCAAUAA